GGGAGCCUCCCUCCGCCGCCGCCGCCCCUCCCCCUUCCUUUCGGCCCAGCGUCGCUCUCUGCCCCGUCAGUGUGUGAGGCGAGCGGGAAGGCCGCGAGGGCCUCCCACCCCUUCGACGCCCGUUUCCCAUGCAGGAGACUGAGGAGAGCCUGGCGGCCGCCGCGACCUCCUCCACCGUCGCUAUCGCCGAAGACGAAGACUCCGGAGGAGGGAGCGACGGCGCGGACUCGGAGGCCGGGCAGCCAGACGGGCCUCCCGCGGAGGAGCCUGACGGGAGGGAGCCCGAGCGGGAGCCGCUUCACCAGCCCGGGAAAGGAGGCGAAAAGAAGCACGACGGCGGCGAGGAGGAGGAGGAGGAGGAGGAGAAGGAAACGCUAGAAGAGCGGCGGCCGCCGCCACAGCCGCCGCUACAGCCGCCCUCGCCGCCGCCGCUGCCGCUUGCCUCCGAGGCUGGGCCACCUCCUCCCGAGCCACCGGCUGCCGUAACCGCAGCUGAGGAGCCGCCAGCCCGAGAGAAAUCUCCCUCCGGGGAGGCCCCUGAGGAGAAGCCGGGGCCAGAACAGGAGGGAUCUGACGAGGAGGAGGAGGAGGAGGAGAAAGAGGAGCGCGAGGCCGAGGAGCCCGAGCCGGAGAAGGAGGAGGACGGGGACGGGGAGGAGGACGGCCUUUCCUUCAGCGACUCCGAGAGCUUCGUGGACGACAUCGACGAGGAUGAGUUACUUGGAGAUAUUCUGCAGGAACGUCCACAGGAGACAGAUGGAAUUGAUUCAGUGAUUGUGGUGGAUAAUGUUCCUCAGGUUGGACCAGACCGUCUUGAGAAACUGAAGAACGUUAUCCAUAAGAUUUUCUCCAAGUUUGGAAAAAUUACCAACGAAUUUUACCCAGAAGCUGAUGGACAGACUAAAGGGUAUAUUUUCCUGGAAUAUAUGUCUCCAGCUCAUGCUUUGGAUGCUGUAAAAAAUGCAGAAGGCUACAAGUUGGACAAACAGCACACUUUCAGGGUCAACCUUUUCACUGACUUUGACAAAUACAUGACAAUCAGUGAUGAGUGGGAAAUUCCUGAAAAGCAGCCAUUUAAAGAUCUGGGGAAUCUGCGCUACUGGUUGGAGGACCCAGAUUGUAGAGAUCAGUACAGUGUGAUCUUUGAAUCUGGAGAUAGAACCUCUAUUUACUGGAAUGAUGUUAAGGAUCCUGUCACAAUUGAGGAAAGACCUCGAUGGACAGAAACCUAUGUACGCUGGUCUCCAAAGGGUACCUAUCUGGCUACAUUCCAUCAGAGGGGCAUUGCUUUGUGGGGUGGAGAGAAAUUCAAACAGAUUCAGAGGUUCAGCCACCAGGGAGUGCAGCUCAUUGACUUCUCAUCUUGUGAAAGGUACCUGGUGACCUUCAGCCCUCUGAUGGACACACAGGAUGACCCUCAAGCGAUCAUUAUCUGGGAUAUCCUAACUGGACAGAAGAAACGAGGAUUCCACUGUGAAAGUUCAGCCCACUGGCCCAUUUUUAAGUGGAGUCAUGAUGGAAAAUUCUUUGCUCGGAUGACAUCUGACACACUUAGCAUCUAUGAAACACCUUCGAUGGGUCUCUUGGACAAGAAAAGUUUGAAAAUCUCAGGGAUCAAAGACUUCUCCUGGUCUCCAGGUGGCAAUAUAAUUGCCUUUUGGGUGCCCGAAGAUAAAGAUAUCCCAGCGAGGGUGACGUUGAUGCAGCUGCCCUCUCGACAGGAAAUCCGAGUGCGGAAUCUGUUCAAUGUGGUGGACUGCAAGCUGCAUUGGCAAAAGAACGGGGAUUAUUUGUGUGUGAAAGUAGACAGGACUCCCAAGGGUACACAGGGUGUAGUGACCAACUUUGAAAUCUUCCGCAUGAGAGAGAAGCAGGUUCCAGUUGAUGUGGUAGAAAUGAAAGAAAGCAUCAUAGCGUUUGCUUGGGAGCCAAAUGGAAGCAAGUUUGCUGUGUUGCAUGGAGAGACUCCGCGAAUAUCCUGCUCCUUCUACCAUGUGAAAAACAAUGGGAAGAUAGAGCUCAUUAAAACGUUUGACAAACAACAGGCAAACACAAUAUUCUGGAGUCCUCAAGGACAAUUUGUGGUGUUGGCUGGUCUCAGAAGCAUGAACGGUGCCUUAGCAUUUGUUGAUACAUCUGACUGCACCAUGAUGAACAUUGCUGAGCACUACACAGCCUCAGAUGUUGAAUGGGACCCAACAGGCCGCUACUUGGUGACAUCUGUUUCUUGGUGGAGUCACAAGGUGGACAACGCCUAUUGGUUGUGGACCUUCCAAGGUCGCCUCCUCCAGAAGAAUAAUAAAGACCGGUUCUGCCAGUUACUUUGGAGACCCAGGCCACCUACUUUGCUCACUCAGGAUCAAAUAAAGCAAAUCAAGAAAGAUCUGAAAAGAUACUCCAAAAUAUUUGAACAGAAAGAUCGUCUGAGCCAGUCAAAAGCCUCUAAGGAACUGGUAGAUAGAAGGCGGACAAUGAUGGAGGAGUUCAAGAAAUACCGCAAGAUGGCACAAGAGCUGUACGUGGAACAAAGGAAUGAGCGGUUGGAGCUCCGUGGAGGAGUGGACACAGAUGAGCUGGACAGCAAUGUAGAUGACUGGGAGGAGGAGACUGUUGAAUUUUUUAUCAAUGAAGAAAUUAUCACAGUCGCAGAGCCAGAGUAAUCCGAAAGCCUUGCACCAUCCUAUUUUGUACUGAGGAGGGAUUUGUUCAUUUUCAGAAGGUCUACACAUCUUUGGAAUUUUUAAAAUUCAUAUUCUCUCUGGACGGUGAAUGCGCAGGAUUCGUUCAUUCUGACACAUUGUAGUGCCUUUUAGACCUCACUGCCUUCCAUGAGGUCAUUUGAAAGGCGCUGCUUUUAAAUUUUUAUUCCUUUAUUGGGGGAGGGUUUUGUUUAAUUUUUAGAAAUCUACCACCAGUAUUUGCUGCUUGAAGCUCCAGCAGUGCUCUCAACUGGGCAGCUUGGGACUGUUGCCCUUUACAAGUGCAGUCUUGGCACACCUUCCGGUGUCUUGCUGCAAACUCGCGAUGCUUCUGUUUGCUGAAGGCUGUUCCUGUGUCCCGAGUGUGCGGAUGGGUGUUGGUUUCAUAUGGGGGAAGAUCACCGAGAAAACAGUUCUUCAUGCAAUGGGCUUAAGUGUGCUGAAGCAGCACUACAGUGGGCUUUACCCUCCAUUCAGAUUGUGACAGGAUCUCUCCACAGGUUGAACAUUGGAAAUAAAGCAAACAUAUGCUUAAUAAAGAA